AUGGUAGUACCAAUGACCUCACUUCUCCUUCCUCUCAUGGUUAUCCUAAUACUAUCCACAUUAACACAAAUCUCAUAUGCUCAAAACUCACCACAAGACUACCUCAACAUUCACAACAAAGCACGUUCUCAAGUUGGUGUUGGCCCUAUACACUGGGACACAAAACUUGCCUCCUAUGCACAAAACUAUAUCAACCAAUUAAAAGCAAAUUGCAAAAUGGUACACUCAAAGGGUCCAUAUGGUGAGAACCUAGCAUGGAGCAGUGGUGACAUAACAGGAGCAGGUGCUGUUAACAUGUGGGUCGGAGAGAAGAAAUACUAUGAUUACAAGAGUAACUCAUGUGCUGUUGGUUAUAAGUGUGGACACUAUACUCAGGUUGUUUGGCGCGAUUCGGUUCGGGUUGGAUGUGCUAAGGUAAAGUGUAAUGAUGGUCGCAGCACCAUUAUUAGUUGUAACUAUGAUCCACCUGGUAAUUAUAUUGGUCAGAGACCUUUUGAUAUUUUUGAAGUUUCAUUGAGCUUCAACCAUGGUAGUUUUUAG